AUGGCGCUACAGGAUGCAUUGUGGGCAGCAUACUGCCAGACGGACACACCUCCCGUUCCGCCUCGUUUUCGACACUUCGUGGUGAACGGCUCCGUCUGCAACGCUCGGCGCUUUCAGGAGAAGGGCUUCGACGUGCAGCUGCUGGGAUUCGCUCGAUGCCAGAUGACGAAGGAGGGGGAGCUCGACGAGGACAGCUGCUACUUGGAUGGCGUGCGUGAGGGCUACCAGGUCCUCCUGCACUUGCUCAAGAUUUUGGAGGAGCAGACUCAGCAGAUCAGCGAACCUGCCGAGCCCGAUCUCAUCGAGCCGAUCCAAGCAGAGCUGAGCCAGGUGUCGGCUUCUACCCCAGCUCUCCAGCAUACAGGACACCAUGAACAUGAAAUAGAGGAGCCUGCGGAGCAGGAAGAGCUCUCGGAGGGCGGUGCUGAACCUGUCGAGCCAGCUGAAGGCAGUGGCGGCAGUGAGCUGGAGCCUGGCUGUGGCAGUUUGCAGCCGGCCGUGCCUCCGCCGGCUACGGCUCCUUGCAGUCGCCUGCUCGCUGGCCGCCGUGCCACCAGCCUGGAAGAUCUUGGGGCUCCAGAAACUCGGGCAGAGUUCUGGCAACAGCGGCGGGCGCUUAGCGACGGCGGCACUCCGAGGGCACCGCAGCCGGCGAGCAAGGCCCCUCCACCGUCGGACAGCGGCCGGGCGGAGCGUCAGGGCCGGGAGGGCGGCCGCGAAGCCGGCAGACCGUCGGUUGCGAUGCUGGCAUCCACUUCUGCGGGCAGGUCCUUCCCCACGGCACCGGUGCCUCUCCGUGCUUCGACAGAGCGCUCUCAGUCAGACUUUGACGCAAAUGCCCUGGUGGAAGAUGCAGCAGAGGUGGCCCUGGUGCCUUCCGAGGAGAAUCGGCCAGCAGACAGUCCACAAGGUGAGGAUGCAUGGUUUUCCUGGCUAGGUGCUCUCUACGGCUGA